GUUUUGGCAUAGCAGAAAAGAACUAAAAUUUUCUCCUUUUUUCUGAAAUUCAUAAUGUUUUCUUCUUCUUCUUUAUUUCCGUGUAUCCUUCAACUAUUUUUCUUCUUCUUCUUCUCUCAUGUCCAAGCUGCAAAAUUACCAUUUCACCCUCGAGAUGUUCUGCCUUUAUUGCCGAGGGAGGUUUCGUGGCCGAUCCUCAACUCUCUUCAGGGCGCCGUUGACCUUCUACCGUCCUUCGUCGGCUCUGUUUCAUCGCCGACCCGCAUCGUGAACUGGAAAGGUGCAUGCUUCUAUGAGAACACGGCUUGGGUGGAGUUCCAUAACAAGACCGGCAGUGAGUUUGGCGGUGGAACUCUCCAUAUAAGGGUUAGCUAUCCCCAUAGUUGGACAUGUAUGGAUCUUUAUGUCUUUGCAACUCCAUACCGUGUGACUUGGGAUUAUUAUUUUUUGUCUCGGGAGCAUACACUUGAAAUCAGCGAGUGGGAAGAUAAAGCUGAGUAUGAAUAUGUGAAACACAAGGGGAUUUCAAUUUUCCUGAUGCAAGCAGGGAUGAUUGGAACAUUUCAAGCUCUAUGGGAUGUCUUCCCCUUAUUUACAAAUACCGGAUGGGGCGAGAACUCCAAUAUUGGGUUUCUCGAGAAGCACAUGGGGGCUUCUUUUGAAGAACGGCCUCUGCCUUGGGUUACUAACAUCAGUGUUGAUGAUGUACACUCGGGAGAUUUCCUUGCUAUAUCAAAAAUUCGUGGACGAUGGGGUGGUUUUGAGACUCUUGAGAAGUGGGUUAGCGGUGCUUAUGCUGGUCAUACUGCUGUUUGUUUAAAAGAUUCUGAAGGAAAGCUUUGGGUUGGUGAAUCAGGACAUGAAAAUGAGAAGGGAGAAGAUAUCAUUGCAAUUAUACCAUGGGAUGAAUGGUGGGAUUUUGAGCUGAACAAGGAUGAGUCUAAUCCCCAUAUUGCAUAUCUUCCUCUGCAUCCUGAUGUUCGAGCAAAGUUUAACGAGACUGCUGCAUGGGAAUAUGCGCUAAGCAUGGCGGGCAAACCAUAUGGUUACCAUAACAUGAUAUUUAGCUGGAUAGACACCAUCGAUGGGAAUUAUCCUCCUCCAUUGGAUGCUCACGUGGUAGCUUCUGUCAUGACAGUUUGGAGUAAAAUACAACCUGAAUAUGCUGCUAACAUGUGGAAUGAGGCCUUAAACAAGCGGCUUGGGACUCAGGGUCUUAAUCUUUCUGAUAUCUUGGUGGAAGUCGAAAAGCGUGGGUCCUCAUUUGAUGAACUACUGACCAUUCCAGAACAGGAUAAUUGGAUAUAUAGUGACGGGAAGUCAACAUCAUGCAUUGCUUUUAUUCUUGAAAUGUACAAGGAGGCAGGACUUUUUGAUCCGUUUACCGACUCUGUUCAAGUCACCGAGUUUACAAUCAAAGAUGCUUAUUCUCUAAGGUUUUUCGAGAAUAAUUCAAGCCGGCUUCCAGAGUGGUGCAAUGUUGCCGACAAUGUAAAGCUUCCUUACUGUCAGAUAAAAGGGAAGUAUCGAAUGGAACUACCCGGAUAUAAUUCUAUGGAUCCAUACGCGCAUAUGAACGAACGUUGCCCUUCUAUGCCUCCAAAGUACUUUAGGCCACGAAACUGCUAGACAUGACAGCUUCAUUUAUCGUUUCGGGCAAUUCUGUGCAACGCUAUGUUCGGUAUCAACUGUAUAUAUGCUAAUCAUACUAGGAAUGGAGAUGUCAGUUACUCUAAUGUAUGAUAUGAAAUGCAAGAUUAUGCCCAUAGAUUUACAAAAUCCAUUCUUCUGUUGAAAUUUUAGUCUUAAAUGAGUUGUAAA